UCCUAUAAAGCUCAAGAAUCGAACGUAUUUCUGCAGCUCAAAUUUGCUGAAAGAUUCGAUUGUUUUUCUUGCGUGUAGCAGUCAUUCAUGGGCAAAAUGAAGCAACCUUCUGAGGCUGCCUGGAAGCUUCGCUUUCGACAGAUGAAUCGGUUGCGACUGAAGGCUCGUCUGCACCGGGCCCUGAAAUCUGCCCGAAAUCUUUCUCUUCACAGAUCUUUCUGCUUGAGAAAAUCAGCUUUCAGCCGCUGCAAAUUCAAAGCUUUUUCUUUCAAGACAAGUUCUUUGAGGCGCAGAAGCAGCCCCCGGUCAUAUGCAGAUGAAGAGCAAAGCGUGGAGCAUCUGUUUGAAACCCUGAGAACCCUUGUACCAGGAAGCUUUGGCCUGGACACGCCGAUUUUUCUUGAGAAAGCCGCAGAUUACAUAACGGCGCUUAAAAUGCAGGUGGAAGCCAUGCAAACCCUCGUCAACCUCCUUGAAAAUCCAGCUCGCGGGGCUGUUUCUUGGCCGAGCUAGGUCGCAGGUUCAAAUCUCGAGUAAGAUAACCAAAUAUAUAUAUUAUUAUAUUAUACGCGUAUAAGUUAUCAGUGUUCUACUUUAUUAGCUGACUAAUUUCAUCCAUAAAUCUUUAUGGCGGACUCUUUAGAAUAAUAUUGUUUACUCUAGGUCUGUAAGAUCUGUAUAUCGCUCAUCUUCGUCGCUUCAAGACGAAAAUUUCUAAAUUUUAACUUUCCACGGCAAACUGGCAUACAGAUCAUUGAGCUUUGGCUGAUUUGUAUCGAAGCAUCAUUUUAUUCCUGUGUUCGUUUAUUGCUGUGAAGCAAUCUUUUAAAACUGUGGAAGUUAAAAUCAGGAAUUGUCUUUUCUGGAUUUGAUCGAGUAAUUUUUUUCUUGGCAAUAUUUC